AUGUUGAUUUUAACAGGGCUCUUCUGGAACAGUUCUGCUGUUUCUCGUCCAUACCACUAUAUAAAUACAGCAAUGUCAUGGUCAGAGGCUCAGAGUUACUGCAGAGAGAGAUUCACUGAUCUGGCUACUGUAGACAGCAUGGAUGAUGUGAACAGGCUGGUAAAUGUAGUGGAUGCUGGAUACAGUGGAUCAGUGUGGAUUGGACUGAAGAGAGGGACACACAAACAAUGGAGUUGGUCUAAUGGAGAAAACACAACUUCUCAGUACUAUAACUGGGCUUCAGGACAGCCAAAUGCGGAUGGAGAUUGUGUAGCUAUUUUUUAUGGAGUUUGGCAUGAUACAGAAUGUAGCAAUAUGCGAUAUUUUGUAUGCUAUAAAAAUGAUGGAUAUAUUUUAGUACAAAGUGCUAAAAUCUGGACAGAUGCUCGGAGCUACUGCAGACAGUAUCACACAGACCUGGCCACCAUCCACAACUCAGAGGAAAAUAACCAGAUAAAUCAAAUUAUUUUUUCUGGAUAUUACAUCUGGUUUGGUCUGUAUCUGGACUCUUGGGAAUGGUCUGAUCAGUGGGAUCUGAGGUUCAGACACUGGGUAGAAGGUCAACCAUCCAUGAGUUCAGAAUCUGGUAACUGUGUUGGCAUGUCAAGAAGCAACUCUGGCAGAUGGUCUCAAUACAGCUGUGAUGUAAAGCAGCCUUUUAUCUGCUAUGGAGGUGAUUCUGCUCUUUAUCGUCCGUACCACUAUAUAAAUACAGCGAUGUCGUGGCCAGAGGCUCAGAGUUACUGCAGAGAGAGAUUCACUGAUCUGGCUACUGUAGACAGCAUGGAUGAUGUGAACAGGCUGCUGAAUGUAGUGGAUGCUGGAUACAGUGGAUCAGUGUGGAUUGGACUGAAGAAUGGGACACAGAAACGCUGGGUUUGGUCUAAUGGAGAAAACACAAUUUCUCAAAACUAUAACUUUGCUUCAGGACAGCCAAAUGGAGAUGGAGAUUGUGCUGCUAUAUAUUACGGGGUUUGGCAUGAUGCGCCAUGUCACUUGAAUCAUUAUUUUUUGUGCUAUGGAAAUUCCGGAUACAUCUUGGUACAAAGCAGAAAAACGUGGAGUGAUGCUCAGAGCUACUGCAGACAGCAUUAUACAGACCUGCCCACCAUCCACAAUUUUACAGAAAAUAACCAGAUAAAUAACAAGAUAAAUCAACUUAUUUUAUCUGGAUAUUACAUCUGGAUUGGUCUGUUUGUGGACUCUUGGGGAUGGUCUGAUCAGUGGGAUCUCACAUUCAGACACUGGGUAGAAGGUCAAUCAUCUCUGAGUUCAGGAACUGGUAACUGUGCUGGUAUGUCAAGAAGCAACUCUGGCAGAUGGUCUCAAUACAGCUGUAAUCUACAGAAGCCGUUUAUCUGCUAUGGAGAUGGCAUGAGAAAACAAAUUGUGAGAUUGAAAGUGACCUGUAAGGGAAAAUGCGCAUUGAAUGAUCAUUCACUACAGACGGCCAUUCUGAAUGAGAUAAGUGAAAAGCUGAAGAACAUGAGGUUGGAGAGUGACAGCAAAAUAAGCUGGAGAAAGGGGGAAGAUGGAGAGGUGUUUCAUCAGGAGAACAACCAUAUGGAAGCAGGUCGCAGAGAAGACGCCGAAUAAUAAAUCUG